AGAGGGGGAUGGGGGGGGUAUUUAGGGGGAAAUGGGUGACGAUCUUGGGCGGGGACCGUCUCUGCCUGUUGGGUUGAUUGUGGUGGUGUAUGGGUGGGUUGUUUUCUCUGGCUUCCUUCCCUUUCAGUUUGUAGGAGUCCCGACAAGGUAUAUGUCUUCCUUUUCCACUGGCAGGAUAGGCCAGAUGGUUUUUUUAGGAGAGAGAGAGAGGAAGGAAAGGAAGAGGAAGAAAAUAGGAAGAGGAGGAGGGGGGAUGGAAGAAAAGGUGGGUAAGCAGACGCAAUGAGGACAGAAGAUAAGGGGAAAACCCAGGUGCGGCGGCUAGAGAAAAAGAAAACCCAGACAACUGACUGGAUGGAAGGGGAAGAGGGGCGAAAGAGGCAAGGAAGAAAAAAUUGUGAUUAUUCCCUGAAUUAUUGAAUUAUCAAAUCAAUUCAAAAAGAAAGAAGGAAGGCUGUGUGGGUUGUUUGGGAGGAUUGAUUGAUGACUGCUUGGGCGGUUGGGCUGGCUUGGGCUGCCUGGCGCCUGUCUGGUGCCACGACCGACUCUCGUCUUCUCCACCUCCAGAACGAUCAUUAGACCUUUUGUCCACUCGACCAUCCAUCCGAAAAGCAUGCAUGGACUAAUAGGGCUUAGAUGCCCUGCCGACU